AUGGUCAGGCUCCUAAGCAUUGUGUCCCUCGUCGCCGUCGUGCUGGCCACACGCGACCUGCCUCAAAGCGGCGACUGGGAUGGCUACGCCGCUCCUCUGCCCCACAAGCGCGACAAAAUUCGCGGCGGCAACUACCGCCCUAGCGCCGGUCCCUUGCACGAAAAGCGCGACCUGCCCCAAGGCAGCGACUAUGAUCAUGGUGUCGCUCCUCUGCGUCAAAAGCGCGAGGCCGGCCAGCUUCCCAGCCCGGUGCUUUACAAGUGA